GCGAGCACAAUCACCUCGCGCGUUCCAUCACUCUGCGCUCGCUCGCUUAUCUCGUGCCUGUCCCGCCGUUCUAAUUUGAAUCCCUGUGACUAAAAUUGAUUGUGGGUAGUGAAAGAACGACGAACAAGCUGCAAAUCGUCUUUAUUACCCUAGGUCGCUUUGUAGCUGUUGUUGUUUCCCCAGUAAUCUUAGCUCUAAUUCCAGGUGUCGCCGUUCGAGAGAGCAAGAUCAUAGACCUGGGCAGAUUAUCUUGCCUUGAGGAGGGGGGGGGGAGGUAGAUGAAUAGAAGCAUUUGCCACCACCUUCUCUCCCAGUGCAAAACGCUCAGAGAGCUCCAGAAACUCCACGCCCAGGCCGUGGCACAGGGUCUCCACCCACAUCGCCAGUCCGUUUCCUGCAAAAUCUUCCGCUGCUAUGCUGACUUUGGCCGUGCAGCUGAUGCUCGCAAGCUGUUUGAUGAGAUCCCCCGCCCGGACCUUGUCUCCUUUACCAGCCUCAUGUCCCUCCACAUCCAGUUAGAGCGCCACCGCGAGGCUGUAUCCUUGUUCUCGCUUGCUGUUUCCGAUGGUCACCGCCCUGACGGCUUUGCUGUUGUCGGUGCCCUGUCGGCCUCCGGUGGGGCUGGUGACCAGCAGGUUGGUAGGGCGGUGCACGGCCUGAUAUUCCGGCUUGGAUUGGACUCUGAGGUGGUUGUUGGAAAUGCGUUGGUUGAUAUGUAUAGUCGGUGUGGGAAGUUUGAGUCCGCGGUACUCGUGUUUGAUAGAAUGUUUCUGAAAGAUGAGAUUACUUGGGGUAGCAUGCUGCAUGGUUACAUUAAGUGUGCUGGAUUGGAUUUGGCAUUAUCGUUCUUUGAUCAGAUGCCUGUGAAGAGUGUAGUCGCUUGGACAGCACUGAUCACUAGUCAUGUACAAGGCAGGUUGCCUGUACGGGCCCUUGAGCUUUUUGCUAGGAUGAUACUGGAGAGCCAUCGCCCUACUCAUGUCACAAUUGUAGGUGUACUCUCAGCUUGUGCUGACAUUGGUGCUCUGGAUCUAGGACGAAUCAUUCAUGGAUAUGGAAGCAAAUGUAAUGCUAGCUCAAACAUAAUUGUUAGCAAUGCUCUGAUGGAUAUGUAUGCAAAGAGUGGAAGCAUUGAGAUGGCACUUUCCGUAUUCCAAGAAGUUCAAUCAAAGGAUGCUUUCACGUGGACUACUAUGAUCUCAUGUUUCACUGUCCAGGGAGAUGGGAGGAAAGCUCUUGAGCUCUUUUGGGACAUGCUUAGGUCUGGGGUAGUUCCGAACAGUGUAACAUUUGUUUCUGUUUUGUCUGCGUGCAGCCAUGCUGGACUAAUAGAAGAAGGUAGAGAGUUGUUUGGCACAAUGCGUGAAACAUACAGUAUUGAUCCCCAGAUUGAGCACUAUGGAUGCAUGAUUGAUCUGUUAGGACGGGGAGGGCUGCUAGAGGAAGCCGAAGCUCUAAUAGUUGAUAUGAAUGUGGAACCUGAUAUUGUUAUAUGGAGGUCACUUCUUAGUGCGUGCCUGGUUCAUCACAAUGAUAGGUUGGCUGAGAUUGCUGGAAAGGAAAUUAUGAAGAGAGAACCUGGGGAUGAUGGGGUUUAUGUGCUUCUUUGGAACAUGUAUGCCUCAUCAAAUAAAUGGAGAGAAGCUCGAGAGAUAAGGCAGCAAAUGUUGACUAGGAAGAUCUUCAAAAAACCAGGGUGUAGUUGGAUAGAAGUUGAUGGUGUUGUCCAUGAAUUCUUGGUGGAGGACAAGACACACAAUGCUCGAAGGGAAAUUUAUGAAACCUUGGAGUACAUGAAUAGGCAGUUUAGGAUGGAGCUUAGAUCAUUUUCAUGGGAACAAAAUGGUUCAUCCAUCUUUGUUGAUGGAGAAAUAAUAAUAUAGAUUCUAGAUUCAUAUACUGUCCAUUUCCAGUGUGAUUCAUUCAUAUGGGUCGUUCCACAAAAUAGCAUUUUUAUUACUAAUAAAUCGAGUUUGAUAAUCUUACUGUAAUUGGGAUCGUAUUGGUUUGGUCCAUGUGACUCUAGAUCAAAAUUGUAGACAUUUAAUGCUUUUAAAUUGAUGGUAAAGCAUUACUAUAAAUGUGGUGGGAUUGCUUUUA